AUGAAAACCGAAUGUGGUUAUAAGGAUAAGACGCUGUUAGAUGCCGACGUGGUGAUACUGGCAACGUGUUUCGUCUGCGAGAAGAAGCUGCAUAACAUAUUCCGAUCGAAACGUUUCGAAGAAAUAAUCGUGGGGAGUCCGGACAGCGUCUUUCCGAUCUACAGAGGGGAGUACUCGGAGAGCAUCACGAACCUGUUCACCUCGGAGAUGAGGAGCCGGUGGCUGGCGGAGCUUCUCGACGGGAAGUUUAAGCUGCCGGCGGUCAAGGAGAUGGAAAGUGAGGUGGCAGAGUGUGAUGCGUUGGUAAUUAUAAUAUUUUUUUCUGUUUUAUUUAUUUAA